CGAUGGCAGACCCCAUGCAGGAAACCGAAGCCAUGGAAUUAGACGACGAGCCCGAGGCAAAGCUGCGAGACAGCAUGCCCGAGUUCCUCGAAAAAAUUAUUCACCUGACCGCAGGGCAUCUCAAGGAAACGAUCGACGGAGCCAAAGAAUUCCUGAAAAAGGAAUUCCCCGAUUGGGAGAGUGGCUGUCGCGUUCUCUUCCCCGUCGUGAUGCGGGAAAAGGAAAAGGACGGCGACGAAGCGGAACUGCUCGUGAUGAAGAAAAUCCUGGAAUUUUCUCUCGCCGAUCCGCAGCCCAUGUUCGUGGUGAUGAACACGAAAACCCUCAGCAACAACAUGGAGUCUGACGUCGUCGUCAUCCACAGAUAUGCAGGGGUGAAGAUCCUGGAGAUCAAAAAGCCCCAGGGAUAUCGUUACAUGAACAAACGCAUCAACGAGGCGUUCAAGCAAGUCGAGAAGGGGAAGGAAAAGAUUCGAGAAAUUUAUGAAAACGCAUUUGGUGAAUUUCCAGUGGGAAUAUUCGGCAGCUCCCCUGGGUUCGCCUGUGUUCCCUGCCACAAGUUAGACCACUCAGAUAGGAGAAAGCCAGGUGUUCUCAGUGCUGACGAGUGCGAGAGUGCUGGUUCCUUUAAAUCGUGGUGGGAAAACUAUAUUUUCGGGAAGGAAGACCCCUUACAAAAACCUCUUUCUCGAGAUGUCUACCUCAAUCUCUUGUCCAUGUUCAUCGGAGCCUGGUGUUUCCAAGAAAGCAUAAACAACCGCAACUUGGGCUGGCUGAUCGAGGAGACCGCGAAGCUCCUUCGACACCCGGCCGAAGAGGGUUCCGACCCCGCGAUCCCCAUCUUCGUCCCUCCCCACCUCAGGUCGGCCAUGGACUGGGUGCGGACGGCAGACGCGUCGCGGGACAAGCGGAGGGUGAUCGCGGGGGUCGCGGGCACGGGGAAGACGUGGAUUCUGACCGAGUCCGCCGCGAGGAUCCUGGCUGAGGAUUUUCGGAGCAGAGUG